AUGGGCAUCCUGCUGCAUCAGUGUAGACAAUCUUACAGGCGCCUCCGGCGACGCAAUGCGCCUACACAAUACGUACAGGGGCCGAGAGUGCGGAUGCAUUUCAACAACAUCGAACUCUACAGCGGCACGCUGCACGAAUUGCAGCCAUCCCCCGACAGACUAUCUGCUCCAAACUGCGGAUCGUCGGAGAUGCGCGCGCUGCUUUCAUCGCCGAAAAAGCUUCCAGUUCAUUGA